CUGCGGGGAGGAGUGAAGCGAGUCGGAGUUUUGCGUGCAGGGAAGAAGCCCAUCGCUCGAGCUGUGUGAAUCCGCGUGCGCGUGUGUUUGGCCGCAGGGGGGCGGAAUCGUGCCUGUCAUCGUCCUUUCUGGACGAGGGAAGCUCGGGACGGAUCACAUUUUGCCAGGCUCUGCCAUGAGUUUCCUGAGCCGGCAGCAGCAGCCUCCCGUCUCGGGAGCGCGGCGCUUAACAGCCCGUCGGGCGGCGGCCCCGAUCCGGCAGAAAUUGCUCUUCUCAGGCGGCGGGAGUGACUGUGAAGACGAGGAAGAAGAGGAAGAAGAUGGCUACGAGGAGGAGGAGGAGGAAGGAGGCGGCAGUGGGAACAGCACCGGCGAGGAUUCGGCCUUCCAAGAGGCCGACUCGCCCCUCUCGGUCAGUCGCACCCCAGCUCGGCGGGAGCCGCCUCCGCGGACACCCGAGGAGGUGGCCAUGGAGUUAGCACCGUCAGCCCUCCUGGGCGAAGAGGGAGACUCUUGGGAGGAGGAAGGCUUCGGUUCCUCGUCUCCCGUGAAAUCGCCUGGCGCUUACUUCAUGGCCGGUUCGCCACCACUGAAGGGCUCCCGCCGUUACUGCGAACAGUCGUCGCCUCCCCGCCCGGAUGCGACUCGGUACCGGGACCAUCAGGAGCCCGGGUCACCGCUGCCCGAGUAUCCUGGCACGCCGCCGCACAAGACUUUCCGCAAGCUGCGCCUCUUCGAUACUCCGCACACGCCUAAGAGUCUACUUUGCCGAGCUCAAGGAAUGGGCUCUAGUUCAGCUAAGCUUCGAGGUGGUACUCUCUUUAUGAAUGUUGGAAAACUAGUAAAACAGGAAUCUGACGUGGGGCAAGCACCUCAUGUGAACAUUAAUCCCUUUACUCCAGACUCUCUCUUCCUUCAGUCUUCAGUCGGACAGUGUCGCAGGAGGAAAAGAACACACUGGAAUGAUUCCUGUGGUGAGGACAUGGACGCAAGUGAUGGAGAACUUGAAGAUGAAACCAUCAGACCUGCCAAGCGGAUCAGUAUAACAGAAAGUAAUAUGAAAUCACGAUAUGCAACAGAAUUUCAUGAGCUGGAGAAGAUUGGAUCUGGAGAAUUUGGUUCAGUAUUCAAAUGUGUGAAGAGACUUGAUGGUUGCAUCUAUGCAAUAAAACGAUCUAAGAAACCUUUGGCUGGCUCAAUUGAUGAGCAAAAUGCCCUUAGAGAAGUCUAUGCUCAUGCAGUUUUGGGGCAGCAUUCACAUGUAGUCAGAUACUUCUCUGCUUGGGCAGAAGAUGACCAUAUGCUUAUACAGAAUGAGUAUUGUAAUGGUGGUAGUUUAGCUGAUGCCAUAAGUGAAAACUAUAGAAAUAUGCGCUACUUCAGUGAACCAGAAUUGAAAGAUCUGCUUCUGCAAGUUGCUCAUGGUUUAAAGUAUAUCCAUUCAAUGUCAUUGGUACACAUGGAUAUAAAGCCUAGUAAUAUCUUUAUAUCUAGGACCUCAAUUCCACCAACUAUAUCUGAAGAAGGUGAUGAUGAUGAAUGGUCAUCUAGCAGAGUUAUAUUUAAAAUAGGUGAUCUUGGCCAUGUUACCAGAAUAUCCAGUCCACAAGUAGAGGAAGGAGAUAGUCGUUUCCUUGCUAAUGAAGUUUUGCAAGAAAACUAUAAUUACUUGCCAAAAGCAGAUAUUUUUGCUCUUGCGCUAACCGUGGUGUGUGCUGCUGGUGCUGAACCACUGCCAGCCAAUGGGGAUCAGUGGCAUGAAAUUCGACAAGGGAAACUGCCUAGAAUUCCACAAAUACUUUCUCAGGAGUUAUUAGACUUACUAAAGGUAAUGAUAAACCCAGAUCCAGAGAAAAGGCCCUCAGCAGUGGCUCUGGUCAAGCAUUCUGCACUGUUAUCUACUGCCAGAAAGAGUGCUGAGCAGCUAAGAAUAGAACUGAAUGCUGAAAAGUUCAAAAACUCUUUGUUGCAAAAGGAACUGAAGAAAGCGCAAAUGGCAAAGGCAGCUGCUGAAGAACGAGCACAGAUUACAGAUCGAAUGACAACUAGGUCUACAGCACAGAACAGAACAACUCGUCUAACUGGAAAGAAAAUGAACCGUUCAGUUAGCCUUACAAUAUACUGACUUGACUAUUGCAUAAAACUGGCAGAGGAGGAGGAUGGACUAAAUUAAAAGCAGAAGAGAAGAUUGGAUGUCUAAUGUUCUGUUUAAUCACUGUCAAUGGAUUUUAUAAAGAAGACUUUUAAAUUUUUAAUUUUACCAAUUGCAGUUUAAAUAACUGUAUAUUUCUCUAUUCUCAAAAGAAUCUAGGAUACUAACCUUAAAGCCUUUCAGUUACUCUGUAUUGUGCCAUUCAGAGUUAACCACUAGGUGUGCUGCUUUUUAGUUGUAAUGCUUUGUAAUGAAAGGUGAUUACCUAGUAUUUUAAAGGGCUUUGUUUAUAAACUGCUCUAUUUGGAAUAGAGGGAGGAAAUGCCAUGGGGAGUGGCCAGCAGGCCAAACCUUACCUGAUGUCAGGUAAACUAUUGUGAAUUUUACCCAUGUAUUCAACUGGGAGCACUUUGUUAGGCAUUGCUUAGACCACAGGGAUAAGCCUGUGGAAACAUGCCAUGUGAGACUGCUGCUAUUUUUAGUUUAUCCUUGCUGUAAAACUGUAGCAUUAAAACAAUCAUUGUGUUAGUGGGCGUUGUUUAAAAAAAAUUAUGUGAAAAAUACCAAGCUGCCUACAUGAAAGCAGCUUCUUUCUCUGAAGUUAGUGUACUGUGUACAGUGUCAAUGCAUGAAUUUUAUAUAUGAGUUACAUUAUUAGUGUAAAUGGGUUUUUUGUUUUUGUAAUUCUUUCUAAUAAAAGUUCUCCAAAAGUUAAUUCUUCCCCCUUUCCCACAUUUUCCUCUGUUAAUAUUUGAAUGUGCCCGUUUGCAUAUUUUAGUAUAUAAAAUGUGUACAUAACUGUAUUUUUCAAAAUGAAUGUAUAUAGCUGUUCUGAUAGUGUACAAUAUUGAAAGCUGUAGCUUGAGAUGCCAAAAUAUCCAAUUCAAGUGUAUUUCAACCGUAGUUGGGAGAUUAAUAUAAUAGGCCUUAAUCUGUUCUGAUAAUGCCAAAAUAGUUGCUAUUAUGCACUGUUUUGGCUUAGGCCAAUAUUUCUCAUUUGAAUGUUACACUCUGUUUUUAAUUAGUAUUGAAUGGGAAUAUUAAAGUGACAUUUUGAAAUAAAUACUGUUCCGUUUUUGUCAA